AGCAAUGGUUCGGCCUCACUAGUAGUUGGUUAGAGUCCCAGACUGCGCUGAGCCGUCUUCUCACUAGUUCGUCGUUGCUAGAGCCAAGCAGCUUAUUCAGCUUCAACUGCCAAGUAUAGCUGCCAGGAUCCGGCUCUACGAGCGGUCGCUAACCGAGUGUAACCUCGUCAGCCUCCUGUUCUGAAUCUGUCUAGCCGAUUCACUUCAGCCAUGGCAGUUUACCGCGCUGUUGAGGUAUGGAGGGUUGACGGAGUUCAGUAAACACGGCCGCGCAGGCAGCUCAAGGCAGAGUUCACAGCGCCAUCCCGCGCCAAGCUUGUUUCCCGGCUGGAGCUUCAGCUUCUUACACCUAGAUUCUGACUGCAUCUCAUCGUCAUCCCAGUAUCAGGCCUCUCGACGCUUCACGACUACAGCUGACGGUUCUCCUGGUGUUCUCGUCCCCCCUGAAAGCGACGGCUAGCCUUCGUUCAGCUCGAUCGUCCCGGAUCUUGUCCGCGCGGAUCCUUUCCGCUCCACCGUCCUCUCACUGAGAGAAAGUCUCACCAGAUCGUCUUCUAACGCGACAAGUGGAGCUGUCUGCUGGUGAUUUGCCGCGUUUCUCCAGCAGCGUCCAUCGCAGCCAUGCUGUCGGCGAGCUUCAAUCGCCUGGUGGAGGCGGCGAUCGUGCCGUUCGCCGAGGUGCUCACUCUCGCCGCCUUCGGCUACCUCCUCGCGCUGCCCGGCGUCAACGUGCUCACCGACAAAGCCCGGCGCCUGCUCGGAAAGCUCGUCUUCGCGCUAUUCCUCCCAUGCCUCAUCUUCGCUUACCUGGGGGAUACGCUGACGCUAGAGCGCAUGCGGCUCUGGUGGUUCAUCCCCGUUAACGUCAUCAUCGCUGCUGUUUCUGGCUGCUUCAUGGGCCUGCUGGUCGUCGCGUUUGCCCGCCCGCCGCCCCGCUUUUACCGCUUGACGAUCGUUAUGACGGGGAUUGGCAACAUCGGCAACAUCCCCCUCGCUAUAGUCAACUCCAUUUGCAGGCGGAAGGUGGACAACCCGUUCGGGUCCCCUGCGGAGUGCCACCAUCACGGCGUGGCAUACAUAGCGUUCGCUCAGUGGGUCGGGGCGUUCAUCAUCUACACCUUCGUCUACCACAUGCUGGAGCCACCGGAAGAGUUCUACGAGAUCGUCGCUCCUGAUACCGCUCCCGGUGCUGUCGCUGCUCUCCCUGACGGCUCCCUCUCUCCCACCCCCCUGUCUCCGAGCGCCUCUCUGCCCAUCCUCGCGAAUGCGUUGUCAGCAGCGGCUAGUCCCGAGCCCCAAUCCCGUGGGGUCUGGCCGUCCGUGCAGAAGCUCCUUCCAGGAUCCUGGUUCCAAUCGCGGCACCGAAGCUCGUUUCUGCGGCAGCAGGAGCACGAGCACUACCAGCGCCUGAUCGCGUCGCCUAAUCAGGCCAGCCGCCAGCUGCUCGAGACGGAGUUCCCCAGUCUGCUGGAGGUGACUGCCCGUGCGCCGCAGAUGAAAGAGCCGCUGCUGGCGCGCCUCUUUAGAAGCCUGUCCAUUACAAACUUUGAGGGGGUUGCUGGCAGUGCGGUUAAGGACCAGGCGGCGGCGAAUGGAACUGUGGCCAGAGCUGGUGUUGAGGCUCAUGCUGCUGCUGCUGCUGCUGCAACGAACGGGUGCAUGAAUGGAUUCGAGGCCCAGGAGGGAGGAGCAAACGGUCAUAGGUCUGACGGGCAGCAGAGAGGGAGGGAGAGUGCGGUCCUGGAUGCAAUGGAGAGGAAUGCAGUGGGCGAGGAGGAAGGCAUGGGUGAUGUGAGGGCCAGAGUUUCUUGGGAUAAGCUUUCCAGUCCAGACGCAGCUGGGUGCUCUUGUGUGUGUGUUGACUGCAAGGAGAAGAGCUGUGUUGGGGACGCUGUUGGCAGGUCGGCCAGGCGGAGCAGCAGGGACGCGGAUGCAGCAGGUGCCAUCACUGAUGCCAAUGGCUGCACGUGCAGUAUAAAUGUAGAGCCAUGCACUGAUUCGGGCAGGGCGACAGGUUCAGGCAGAGUCAGGGUCAGCAGCAGGUCUUCAGUGACCCAGAGCAGCUGUGGGGAUGUCGACAGUGACUGCAGUGAUGAGGACGAUAGCACAGAGGAGCACAAAGAGACGCGCGGUGCUGCUGCUGAGAACACUCCUGCUGUCGCUGCUGCUGCUGAGAACACUCCUGCUGUCGCUGCUGCUGCUGAGAACACUCCUGCUGUCGCUGCCGCUGCUGCUGCUGAACAUGGUUAUGACCAUGCUGCGGAGGAGGAGGAGGAGAGCGACAAGGAGGGGGAUGACGACCGUGACCUGGAGUGUGUGCCGUGUCUGCAGGAGCCCCAAGUGAUGCGCAAGAUGCGGGUGGUAGCGGAGCGCACGCCCAUCCGCCACCUCAUGCAGCCGCCCGUCAUCGCCUCCCUCCUCGCCAUCCUCGUCGGCGCCACCCCGCACCUUAAAGCCCUGCUCUUCGGCCCCUCCGCACCCUUUCUCUUUGUCGUGGACAGCCUGACCAUCCUCUCUGGUGGCAUGAUCCCCUGCAUCAUGCUGGUGCUGGGAGGGAACAUGAUCAGCGGGCCGGGGGGAGGGUCGGGACUGGGUGUGCGGACAACUGCUGCUAUCAGUGGGGUGCGGCUGCUGGUGUCUCCGCUGGUGGGUAUGGCGGUGGUGCUGCUGGCGGAUUGGCUGAAGUUCCUGCCGCCGGGUGACAAGAUGUUCCGGUUAGUGCUGUUGCUGCAGCACAGCAUGCCUAGCUCCAUUCUGGCGGGCGCCAUGGCCAGCUUGAGAGGGUACGGGGAGAAGGAGGUGUCGAGCCUGCUGUUCUGGCAGCAUAUACUGUCGGCGUUCUCGCUCACACUCUUCCUUGCACUUUACCUCCACUGGCUCAUUUGAUGGGGCUGGGACUGGGGCUGGCUUGUUUCGGAUAGAUGGCUGUCUGUUUAGCUGAUUGGUUCUGACGGGGGGGAGGUGCUGGUUUAGGUUUCCGUUUAGAGUUCGCUAUGAGCUUGUUUCUAUGCAUUCCUAUACAGGUUAGAUCUGUUGAUACAUAAUGCAAUGUACAGCAAGAGUGACACCCCUUUGUGGUGCUUCCUGUGGCUGCUGCAGUGAUGUAACGAAUGACCUAAACCAUG